UCUUGAAUAGCCAUCAUGACUUCUUACGAAAACAAUGGACCCCGUCCCGCCGUUGGUCGCUACCAUGGAUUCGACCAUCUUACUUUUUGGGUUGGAAAUGCCAAGCAGGCUGCUGCCUACUAUAUUUCUAGAUUUGGCUUUGAGCCAAUUGGGUACAAGGGACUCGAGACUGGCUCUCGAGACAUGGUAUCGCAUGCUGUUGCUCAGAAGGAUGUGAUUUUUGUAUUUCAAUCACCGCUUAACCCAGGCAAUCAGACUUUUGGAGACCAUUUGACGCUGCAUGGCGACGCAGUCAAAGAUGUUGCGUUUGAAGUGGAUGACGUUCGAGGAAUCUAUGCUAAAGCAGUAGGACGUGGCGCACGAUCUAUUCGUGAGCCGUGGGAGGAAAAGGAUGCAGACGGUACUGUUAUUAUGGCUACCAUUGGCACCUAUGGUGAUGUUGAGCACACAUUUGUGCAGCGCACAGGUUACACAGGCCGCUUUUUGCCUGGCUUUGUUGCCCCUAGCGCUGACCCCAUCAACAAGUUUAUGCCUGCAGUCAAUCUUCUUUUUGUUGACCAUGUUGUUGGCAAUCAGCCCGAUAACGAGAUGGUGCCUGCAUGCGAAAUGUACGAAAAGUUUCUCGAUUUUCAUCGUUUCUGGUCUGUUGAUGACACCCAAAUGCAUACCGAGUACAGUGCUCUCCGGUCCAUUGUCAUGACCGACUAUGAUCAAAAGAUCAAAAUGCCAAUCAACGAGCCUGCCGUUGGCAAGAAAAAGUCGCAGAUUCAAGAGUUUGUUGACUACCACGGCGGUGCAGGUGUUCAGCACAUUGCUAUUCGUUCAGAAGACAUUGUCGAGUCUGUCACCAAUCUCCGUGCUCGUGGUGUCGAGUUCCUAGGAAUUCCCGAUUCUUACUAUGACAACUUGCGCUUGCGUCUUUCUACAUCCAAAGUGAAUGUUACAGAGGACAUGAACACUCUCCAAAAACUCAAGAUCCUUGUCGACUACGACGAAGAUGGCUACCUUUUGCAAAUCUUUACCAAGCCUGUCGAGGAUCGUCCUACUCUUUUCAUUGAAGUUAUUCAGAGAAAAAACCAUGAAGGCUUUGGUGCUGGUAACUUUAAGGCUCUUUUCGAGUCUAUUGAACUGGAGCAGGACAAGCGUGGCAAUCUUUAACUCCCAGACUAACAACAUAUCCUGACUAAAACCUGAAAUCACUAGCAUCCUAUCACUACUCACUAGGUGUAGGUUUAUUUGAAUCUUGGUUCAUUCUUUCAAAUAAAUACACAAUAACUUUCCAAAUGUG